UUGUUUUGAUUUUAAUUCGCCGCCGUCGGCCAUAAAAUCAUUCCACUUCGUUCUCUGCUACGCACGUGUUUACCUUUUCACAGUGUAAAGAAGAAAACUACUUUUAAUUAAAGAAAACUCAAAUUUUCCACGAAACCAUGGAAGAAGAGGGACCAGCAGAGGCAACCAUCGACUUUGUGCCAGCCCUGUGCUUUGUGCCACGCGGCAUUGCCAAAGAUAAACCUGACAAAAUUGUCUUGACCCAAGAGGAGUUGGCUCGUGUCAUUAAGGAGACCAAAGAUCGUUUGGACAGCGAUGGGGAACAUGAAGAUGAUGACGAAGACGACAAUGAAAAUGGUAUGGAUGUAGACGAUGAAAAUGAAGACGAAGAGGAUGAUGACCAAAAUGAAGCGGACGAAGAUGUACGCUCCGAUACACGUAGCAUUAAUGACGAAUUCGGUUUCGAACAAUACGAUGCGGAGGGCAAUAUUCGCGUGGCUGAUAUUGGUAACAUUGUUGAUCCGGAUCAUCAAUUGCCCGAUGAAGAUGACGAUUCCGAGGCGGAAGAUGAAAUUAUUAAGCCCACAGAUAACCUGUUGCUGGUGGGUCAUGUGCAAGACGAUGCUGCCAAUAUGGAGGUGUGGGUCUUCAAUGAGGAGGAAGAAAGUCUGUACACCCAUCAUGACUUUUUGUUACCCAGCUUCCCCUUGUGCAUUGAAUGGAUGAACCAUGAUCCGGGCAGUGAUAAGCCAGGCAAUAUGUGUGCCAUUGGUUGUAUGGAUCCAGUGAUUACUGUUUGGGAUUUGGAUAUACAAGAUUCCAUUGAGCCCACGUUUAAAUUGGGUUCCAAGGGCAGCCGCAAGAAACAAAAGGAGGCCUAUGGCCAUAAAGAUGCUGUUUUAGACUUGUCCUGGAAUCGCCACUAUGAACACAUUCUGGCCUCGGGCUCGGUUGAUCAAACUCUAAUACUUUGGGAUAUGGAUGAGGGUCAACCCCAUACCACAAUAACAGCUUUUGAGGAAAAAGUCCAUUCCAUUGAAUUCCAUCCCACUGAGGCCCAAACCAUACUGACAGGCAGUGCUGAUGGUGUGGUACGUCUCUUCGAUUGCCGUGAUCCAGAAUUUGUUAAUGCUUCAUAUGUUAAAUGGACCACACCGGGAGAAGUUGAAAAGGUACUGUGGAAUUGUACAGAUCCUAAUUACUUCAUUGUUGGGUCCAAUGAUGGUUCGCUGCACUAUGCUGAUAAACGUCAGGCCAACAAACUGUUAUGGUCCCACAAGGCCCACGAUGAGGAAAUCUCAGGCAUAUGCUUUAACUCGGAAGUUAACAAUCUCCUAACUACCACCUCCACAGAGGGUUAUUUGAAGAUUUGGAAUUUCAAUGGAACAGAAAUCAAACCAGUUUACUCACAUGACUUUAAAAUGGGCCGUCUGCAGUGCAUGAAACAAUGUCCCGAAGAUCCCUUCACCCUGGCGUUUGGUGGAGAGAAGCCUCCUCGCUGCCGGGUAUACAAUAUUAAGAAUUUCGAAGCUGUGCGCCAAGUGUUUGGUGUCGGUGGUGAAGCUCAAGAAUAGUAAAAACGCAGGCGUUUCUCUUCCAUUAUCCUUUCUCCUUUUUUACAAAGCUUUUAUAUUUGUAUACAACACGUAUUAAAAAUGUUUUUAUUUCGAUAUAGAAAAUAAAUGUAAACUUAACUAAAUGACAA